GAACUCAAUUUUUACAGUUACCAAUUUCCAAUUCCACAACAAAUUACUAUUACCAGUCGGCCUUGUCGAUUCUGUAUUUGUGUGUUACAAAUAAGUCUCUGACCCACACCUAUGCCACCAACAUUUCUUCUUUAAGAAUAUCAGACACAACUCACCAAAUCUUCCAACAAACAAACAAACGCGUCAUCAAAUCAAAGCUAUCCCUUCACUUUUCAAACUCCACCAAAACUCAGCCUUAACCACCCGGCUCACCGUAUUGUCCGUCGCCGACAUUAAAGAAUCCAAAUUAUUUUCUGAUGGGUGUUGAUUACUUCAGUGUACUGAAGGUGAACCGAAGAGCCAACGAUGACGAGCUCAAAAAAGCAUACAAAAGACUAGCAAUGAAGUGGCAUCCUGACAAGAACCCUGUUUACAAGACAGAAGCUGAGGCUAAGUUUAAGCAAAUAUCUGAAGCUUAUGAUGUUCUUAGCGAUCCGCAAAAGCGUCGAAUCUAUGAUCUUUAUGGAGAAGAGGGGUUGAAGAGCUUUGAAUUUGGUGCUGAUGUGCCGCAGACGCCGCCAAAUGGGGGAUUCGGGUUUAACUCGAGGGAUCCCAAUGAUAUUUUUAAUGACUUUUUUGGUGGAUCCGGCGGCGGUGGGAGUGUCAAGAGUGGGUUCUAUCGGAAUGGGGAAAUGGGGAAUCAUGGUGUUAAGAAAGUUGCGGCUAUUGAGAGUAAGUUGUUGUGUGGUUUGGAGGAGCUUUACAAAGGUACGAAAAGAAAAGUCAAGAUUUCUCGCUCUGUUCCUGACGAAUUCGGUAAGCCGAAAAUUGUAGAUGAAAUAUUGAAGAUAGAAAUAAAAGCAGGGUGGAAGAAAGGCACGAAGAUCACUUUUCCUGAGAGAGGAAAUCAAGAAGCUGGCGGUGUAGUUGCUGCCGAUGUUAUUUUCGUGGUGGACGAAAAGCCGCAUGCUGUUUUCAAGAGAGAUGGAAAUGAUUUGAUAGUCAAUCAGAAAAUUUCCCUACUUGAAGCUCUUACAGGGAAGACUUUUGAUUUAACGACGUUGGACGGAAGAUAUCUUACAGUUCCUGCGACGGAUAUUAUCAAACCAGGCUAUGAGGUGGUGAUUUCGGAUGAAGGAAUGCCGAUUUCUAAACAACCGCACAAGAGAGGUAACCUUAUAAUCAAAUUUGAUGUUACAUUUCCGUCGAUACUCACUGCACAACAGAAAUCUGAUCUCAAGAGGGUCCUGGGGGGAAACGUCGUCGUGGAUCGUUAGUUCAGAGUUCAAAUUGUUGUAUGGUAGGUUAAUUAAGUGUAAAUACAUUACGUGUUCCCCAGUAUUCUUGGUGGAGUAAGUUUGUGCAUAGUAGGUAUUCAUAGCAUUUAAAGCACUGUUGUUAAUGUGUUACUGCUACUGAUUAAAAUUUGUGUACAAGUGAUCUGCUUUUAGUGUUUUUGCUUUGAA